AUGGCACCCCCAUCAUCAGCUGGUGCUCGCUUCCGCCAGCGCAAGAUCUCGGUGAAGCAGACGCUCCAAGUGUGGAAGCAGCGCGAUAUACCAGAUCUUGAGCUUGCUGAGCAGCAGCGAGAUCUACAACAGAUCGAAACCGGUGUGGAAAAAGGAGAAGAAGAAGAACAUCACCUGCAGAAAGUUAUUAAUGCAUCUGCAGCUAAAAUACAAGGUCGAAAGGUCGAACAGGUUUAUAUUCCAACACCAGACGCUUCGAAAGUUUGGGCAGACGCAGAUAAGUAUUACAAGGAUGAGUUUGUCCCACCUGCUUCAUACAUCAAGUUCUCAGCUACCGUCGAGGAUGUAUCCGGAUGUCCCUACUGUAUGGAUGAGGAAGACGAGAAGUUUCUUGAAAAGAUGAACAGUACGCUAGACAACAAAUGCACCGAAGACGAGUUUGAGAUGAUUGCACACAGAUUCGAGUCGGUGGUGAACGAGAAACAGCCAUUUUUGUCGAUGGAUCCGCAGCAAAUUUUGAGUUUCAAGGAAAUAGUGGAGGUUGCCGUGGUGCCAGACAAAUCUGAUCCCGCAGAUGUAGCACGGACAUUGGAAAACCAGCUUAAUAUACAUCCGUUCAAAACGCUGCUCGACGCCAAGCCAACGAGCGGAAAGCAACCUCGUCCUUUGAAGGUGCUUUUCGAUAUGUUUGGUCGCAAGAUCUAUGAGCACUGGAAAGCUCGUCGCAUAGCCAGAAACGGUAAGCCAGUAUUCCCUACGCUCAAAUUUGAAGAUCCAUCGCAUAAGGACGACAAUGACCCAUAUGUUUGUUUCAGACGCCGUGAAUUCAGACAAGCGAGAAAGACCAGAAGAACCGAUACACAAGGUGCAGAGCGCCUUGCAGUGUUUUACAAAGACCUGAAGCAUGCUCGCAAUAUCUUAUUUAUGGUUGCUGAACGGGAGGUUCGGCGACUUGAGCAGCUUAAGACCGACAAGGAGAUUUUCAAUCUGAGAUGCGAAACAAAGAAAGUGAAGAGAGAGCUAGGAAUCAAGGGAGAAGAAGAGGAUUUGAUCACACAUAAGAAAAAAAGGCCGCCAUUUCCGGAUCCGGAAUUCUUCAGAGCGCAGCAGAUGUCGGAGAAGGAACGAUUGUUGGCCAAGGAGCGCCGCAAACAACAACUGGAAAAGGAGAAGUUAGUCGCCUCUCAAAGACAAAAGUAUCAGAAGGGAGGCGCUUAUUCUCAGACACAGCCAGGGCAGGGUGCGAACCCAGUUGCUGUCCAGCCAUACGUCAAGCUCCCGUCUUCUCGGAUCCCAGAUUUGGACUUAACAACAGUCAAUGCUGUUUUGCAAGACAAGCUGGAGGGAAUCAAGAAGGCUGUCAGCGACAAAUUGGUGAAACGGCGCGCGCAGGAUGAAGGAUGGGUCAACUUCACGGAUGAUCCUUACAAUCCGUUUUUCCAGAUCGCAAGCAAUGAAGACGAAGCUUUAAAAGAAAGAUCACACCUUCCUUAUUCGUCUAUCGCGUCAUCGAUGUAUGAGAUCGAAAGCUCAAGAGAGGCCGACUUCUCCUCAAUUCUCAACAGCCACAAGCAUUAUACGGACGACGAAAUAGUGAAGAUAAAUGCCGCUGAUGGAGAGGUGGUGAAGAAUGAUAGAAACAAUUUGCCAGAAUUCUAUGAUCUCACUGGACAGGACCGCGAUUACGAGGAUACCGGAUUUUACAAUCCAAAUAACGCCAAUCAGCACAAACUUUCUGUGUCUGAAGUUCUUUAUAAACUCAGAAAACGUGUUGGUCGUUACGGAAGAAUGUGGAUAGAUCGCAAGCGUGUCAAAGAUGAUUCUAGUUUCGAAGAAUAUUUGAAUGCGUCCGAUGAUGAAAUAGAAUUGGAAUCAGAUAACGGCGACGAAGAAUCGAAGGACGAGCCAGUCACACCGCCAGAGAAUGGUGAGUUGGCAUCCCGCAAAAGACAUAUAAAUGUCUAUGACUCUCAGAGCGAUGCGAAGAGGAGACUUAAGUCCCGCUUCAUGUUUGACUCUGAUUUGCCGCCUUAUAAUCCUUUGGAUCCAUCAAAGCUUAACCAAAUCGGCAGUCAGACUCAAGCCAUUCGUUUUGGUUGUAUGCUGUUGACAAAGGCAUACGACAGCAUCCACCACAUCAGACAGAAGCAGAUUGAAGCCCAUCAGCAACGUCUUCUUCAGCAACAACAGCGGAUGCUGCAGCAGAAGCAAAAACAGCUGGCGAACGGAUCGGCUGAGGCCAAUGGGGCUAACGGAUCGACUAAGUCAGCUUCGCCAGCACCAGGAAGUACUGGCGAAAUGAAGAAACUUAAAAGUUGA